AUGGCACUAGCAGAAGUACGUACUAACUAUGUUUUGGUGCUGCUUCUUGUUUUCUUGACUAUGGUCCCUAAUGUUACGAGUAGCGUUGGAGUGAACUGGGGCACCAUGACUACGCACCAACUCCCACCAGAUAAUGUGGUACAGAUGCUGAAGGAAAAUGGGUUUGACAAGUUGAAGUUGUUUGAUGCCGAUGAGAGGAUUAUGGCAGCUCUUAUUGGAACUGACAUUGAAGUAAUGCUAGCUAUACCCAAUCACAUGUUGCAUGAGAUCAGUCAAGAUCCUAUGGCUGCUACUGCUUGGGUUGAUGAAAAUAUAACUAGUUGGUCUUAUACUGGUGGGGUCAAAAUCAGGUAUGUAGCUGUUGGCAAUGAACCUUUCCUGCAAACAUAUAAUGGCACAUAUCUACAUUCAACAUUACCUGCUCUAAAAAAUAUCCAGCAUGCCCUCAACCGCGCUGAGCUUGGCUCCCAUGUCAAAGCCACAGUCCCCUUCAAUGCUGACAUUUACAACUCCCCUGAAUCGAACCCAGUCCCAUCUGCUGGUGACUUCAGACCUGAUGUUCGAGACCUCACAAUUGAAACAAUCCAGUUUCUGUAUGAAAACGAUGCCCCCUUCACUGUCAACAUCUAUCCAUUCCUAAGUCUGUACGGAGACCCUAACUUCCCGUUCGACUUUGCGUUUUUUGAUGGAUCAAAGAAGCCAAUCACAGAUGGUGACUCAAUAUACACCAAUGCUUUUGAUGCAAAUCUUGACACCCUCUUAUGGUCACUGGACAAGGCUGGGUUUCCUGACAUGCAGGUCAUGAUUGGAGAAGUUGGUUGGCCAACUGAUGGUGACAAAAAUGCUGAUAUCCAAAAUGCCAAGAGGUUCAACCAAGGAUUGAUUCGACACGCUUUGAGUGGAAAAGGAACGCCAAAAAGAAAAGGUAAAAAUAUUGAGGUCUAUCUAUUUAGCCUAAUUGAUGAGAAUGCUAAAGCAGUUGCUCCAGGUAGCUUCGAAAGGCAUUGGGGGAUCUUUGAGUUUGAUGGGAAGCCCAAAUACGGAUUGGAUUUGUUGGGUUUGGAAGAGGAUAAGGGUCUGACUCCAGUGGAGGGAGUAAGGUAUCAGCCCAGAAGGUGGUGUGUUCUAGACCCUGAAGCAACUGAUUUAACCGACUUACCAGAUAGCGUUGACUAUGCUUGUAGUCAAUCAGAUUGUACUGCUUUAGGUUACGGGUCUUCUUGUAACCAUCUAAGUGCUCAAGGGAAUGCUUCUUAUGCCUUUAACAUGUACUAUCAACUUAAAAACCAGGGAUAUUGGGACUGUGAUUUCUCUGGUUUGGCUCUGGUUACAGACAACGAUCCAUCUGAUGAGGACUGCCAGUUCCCAGUAAUGAUUGCUUAUGGUUAUUCAAUGCUACAGAAUAGGAGUGGGCUUUUAGAUGUAUUACUUAGAAUUAUUGUCAUCUUCUCACUGCUGCUUCUCUGA